CGCCCUAGCAUUACCUCCUAGAUCCACACUUAUCAGCCUAUCGGGAACUCUAGUGGGGUAGAGGCUAUCCUCACCGCCAAAAUUUCAGCGGCAGAAUUUUUGCGACGCCAAAUCCGCCCCAAGCUAUUUUGUAGUAGCAUUUCGCCUUGAAGAUAGCAUUGUUGAAUGAGCCAGCCUUCAAGAUGCCAGAACUCCGUCCUAGAAAGGCGGCUCCUGCGAAAUCUGCACCAAAGGAGAAAACACCAAGCAAGCGCAAAGCUGCCGCCAACGAUGAUUCGUCCCCAAUUGCGACGAAGAAGGUGAAGGGAGAUGUAAAACCCAAAAAGGCCAAAAGGUCUUCUUCUCUUAAAGAACCCGAAGAAGAACCCGCCAUAGAUGACGACGAGGAUCAAGUCUCCGGAGAUGACGAAGCUCUGGCUCUAGCCAAAAUAGUUGACAGCGACGCUGAAGCUGACGAUGGCGACGACGCUACUCCCGAUGAAGAGAUAAAAGGCCUAGAAUUGCCAAAGGUAUCGAAACAAGUCACAAAGUCAUCCGAGACAGACAACAGCGAACCCGGAGUCGUAUACGUUGGCCGAAUACCUAGAGGGUUUUAUGAACACCAGAUGCGCGAGUACUUUUCACAGUUUGGUGAUGUCAGCAGGAUCAGGAUGUCUCGUAAUAAAUUAACGGGCCAGUCCAAGCAUUUCGCUUUUAUUGAAUUUGCCGAACAUGGUGUAGCUGAGAUUGUUGCGAAGACGAUGGAUAACUACCUGCUAGCUGGCCAUAUUCUCAAGGUCAAGAUGGUACCGAAAUCACAAAUUCAUGAAAAGCUGUGGGUCGGUGCAAACAAACGUUUCAAGAAGAUACCCUGGAAUAAGAUGGCCGGAAACAAACUCAAAAAGCCCCUUUCUGAGUCUGCUUGGACAGAAAAGAUUUCGAAAGAAGAAACUAAGCGGAACGAGCGAGCGAAGAAGUUGUUGGAACUAGGUUACGAGUUUGAGGCGCCCAAGCUCAAGAGUGUCCAUGAUACGGAUGGCAGCACUGCUGCUCUUGAAGCUGCUGAAGAAGUUGCACCAAAGGCUAUUGAGGCAGGGCCGGAAGCGACACCCAAGUCAGAUGAAGCGGAAAGUGAACCUGCUCCUGUGACGAAGAAGGCUCCUAAAGGGGAUAAAAAACCGGCAGCCAAAGCCGGCAAGAAGGCGAAGAAAGGAAAGAAGGCGGCGUCAUAGUGCUAAUAGAGUAUGACAUGGCAGUUGCGAUAAUAUGUAUAUAGUAAUGGGUUGCCAAAAUGACCACUACAUGUGAAACACCAAUUCAUCUAGAUCACAAACAGUAAUGUUGAGGUGGUCAUUAUCAAAAUUGCGCAAAUGAAGAAAACAGAGGAUUGAGACUGUUUAAACACAGUCAAUCAUACCUGCCUAGUGAUAGGUUAUUGUCAUACUAGGUUCUGCUUAUGAGUAGGUGGUACUGGUACUGUAUACAUAUAUUUUGAGUUUACGACAUGUAUGCGCAUAGCGAACCCACGAUGCUAUUAUGAUGGAGCGAAAGUGAGAUUAUAAAGGCAGUUGAUCGUUCUACUUCAGCCGGAACUCAGUGGACAGGCCAGGGGCAACACGACAUAACUGUCGUGUUAGGCGAGUUCGAAAAUUGGGUUCCAGAGAAG